AUGAAAUAUAAAUAAUUCAAGACAAGAUUCAAGAAAAUAAAAAAUGAUAAUUUGAAGUUCCAAUUCAAUAUGAGUUUUAUUUUUUAUUCAAUAUAUUAAAAAUAAUUACGUUUCCGUGAUGGACAGUUCCAAAAUGAAAUGUACGCUGCUUUGUGGCCCUUCAGCCUACUCUCAAUCUUUAUUGUUUGAAGUAGGUGUAGUUUAUUUUAAAUUGUUAAUUUACCUAUUUGCUUGUAUAUAUAAAUUUUAAUACUAAGUAUAAUUUUAUGAAAUUGAAUACUCUACUUUUAAAGGUGAAAAACUAUAUUAGGUACUAAUCACUUAUUAUUUGUCAAAUGUAGAGUGCUGUAUAUUGGUCUGAACUUGGGUAUAGAGUGGUGUACAUACAAAUAACUCAAAUAAAAACUCUACCAAUUCCUCUAGACGGUGCUAAGCCGCCUAGCAUUCAUGCACUCAAUCGUAUUACUUUCCUGUAAUUAAAUUUAACAAUUUAUUUCGAUGACAAUUAGUUUAUUCAUUCAUGUAUAAUACAUUUUAUUUAAAUUUUAAUUAGAACAUUGUGUCGAUGGCAAGAUCUCAUCAAAUACACUAGUUCAAUCCAUGAAACCAGUCCUAAUGUGCCUCGUGUAAUUUUAGUGUCAGACUUACAUAAUUACUAUACCAAUGAAGAUAGUGAUGAAGCGAUUAGACUUGCACACAUGUUAUGUGCAUGUUUGCGUGAUGCUAUUUACUUUUGCAGUCGGGUGUAUGAUUCUAUAGCAUAUUUAACUAUAUCAACACAAGACACUGUACUCGAAACAAAUAAAUUGUCCUCGAUGUAUUUUCCAUCAACAACGUGGAUUAGUAGUGUUAACGAUGACCAAGUGGUAUUUUGUAAAAAGCAACUGUACUCACAUCAACAGCAUACCUAUCAAAUAAAGUUUUUCAAAUUGAACAAUAAAUUAAGAUGCAAUACUGUAGAAAUGUUAUAUAUGUGAUCAUUUUCAUGUUUAUUUCUCCUAUAUUGUAUUAUAAUAUUGCUAAAUCUAAAACUAGUUUUAUAACUGUGCUUAUUGUUCUGUACAAAAUAUACAAUGACAUAGCUAGGGAUUUCAAUGCCCUGAACCAAGUUUAAAUUUUGCACUCUAGUUAUUUUGUACUCUAUACUUCCUAGAAUGUAUUUAUUUAAAGAGGCUAUCAAUCCCAUGCUUUAAAUUUAAAAAAAAAAAACAUUUGUAAACAUAAACAAAUAAAUAUUUUUGUCUG